AGGCUGCGCAGAUGGAAAACAAGGAGUACCAAGCGAGGAUGAAGUUUCUGGAUCAAGUACCAUUGAUGAAGCGGCUGCCCAAAGACGAGCACCCCAUUGUAGCAGAAGCCUGCGAGGCAUGUGAGUUUCAGCCCGGAGACACGAUCAUCCAGCAGGGCAAUUCUGGUGAUGCUUUCUACGUGGUACGGUCUGGCGAAGCCAGCGUUCACGUGAACACCAAUGCGGGCAGAGAGCAAGUCGCCUCACUCAAGGGUGGGGACUACUUCGGGGAGAAUGCGUUGUUGCGAGAUGAGCCACGAACGGCGACGAUCAUUGCGACGACUCGAUUGCUCGCCUUUAGAAUUAGAAGGGACAAGUUCCAGGAACUGGGGCUCAAUCUGAAACUGCAGUUUGCCAAUCGGAAGGCUGUGGGCGGUGGCAUGAAAAUGCCAUCGAAGAGCAAGCCUCCGACUCCUAAGUCGCCAGAUGACAUUGAGCUCAUCACAACAGCCCUGCAAAGUAACGAGAACUUGGCCACCAUGACCACGCUGGAUUCAGCAAGGCUUCAGUCCUUCAUUGAGGUCAUGUGGAAAGAGGAGGUGCAGGCUGGGGAGCGCAUCAUUGUGGAGGGCGACCUGCAAGCAGACUACUUUUAUGUCGUGGCGUCUGGCGAGUUUCAGAUCUUGGUGGAUGCAGAUGCAAGCGCGGAGGACAGCCUUAACCAGACGGACAAAGUGGUGAAUCGUGUCGCCCCAGGUGGCAGCUUCGGAGAGUUGGCGCUGCUGUACUUCGUGCCCCGCGCGGCAACGGUGGUGGCCGCCACGGAAGCCACAGUUUGGGUCAUCGAUCGGGGCAAUUUCAAAAACAUACUGAUGAAGGUCUCUGACAGCAAGAUCAAGGAGUAUGUGAGAUAUUUGGACCAAGUGUCUAUUUUGGAUGCGCUACUAGCGGAAGAGAAGCGCCAAGUGGCCAACGCUCUCGUUGAGAUGCAUUUUGCGAUUGACGACUUGAUCAUCCAGCAAGGCGAGCCUGGCAACAUGUUCUACAUAAUGUAUGAAGGUGAAGUGGAUAUCAUCAAGGACAGCGCAGUCGUGGCAACGCUGGAUGCCCGCAGCAAGAGCGGCACUGUCCACUUUUUCGGUGAGAAGGCUCUUUUGGAGAACGAUGUCCGGACUGCAACUGUCAUUGUGAAGUCUGUGGAUGCGAAGUGUUUAGUGCUGGACCGCGAGUCUUUCAACCUCCUCCUGGGACCCUUGAAAGACAUCAUAGAGGCUGCCAGAGAGGGCCGCGAGCGCCCCGAGCGCGUGGUUCCAGGAGCAGCGGCAGGCUGCUUGGCGAAGGACCGGCCGCGGAUCAAGCGCAGCGACCUGAAGCGCGUGGGGCUGCUGGGCUGCGGCGGCUUCGGCGCCGUGGAGCUCUGGGAGCACCUCAAGUCAGGCCAAACCUUCGCACUCAAGGCGAUCAGUAAGGGAUACAUUGUGAAGACGGGCAUGCAGGAGAGCAUCAUGAAUGAAAAAUAUAUUCUGGCCAUGACAAAUUCUUAUUUCAUCACGAAGCUCUUUGAGACGUUCAAUGGUACGCAGACGUUGUACUUCCUUCUGGAACCUUGUCUCGGAGGCGAGCUCUAUGCAACAUACAUCCGGAAGGGCCUCUAUGGCUCCGAAAGGCAUUGCAGGUUUUACACUUCUGGUGUCGUUUUUGCCUUCGAGCACAUGCACCAGCGGCGGAUUAUCUAUAGAGAUUUGAAGCCAGAGAAUCUACUGCUUACAGAGGAAGGCCAUCUCAAGCUCACGGACAUGGGCUUGGCAAAGUUUGUCAUUGGAAAGACGUAUACAACAUGUGGAACGCCUGACUACUUUGCUCCAGAACUCAUCGCAUCCACUGGCCAUACCAAUGCUGUUGACUGGUGGACGCUGGGCAUUCUGACUUUCGAGCUUAUGUCAGGUCGCCCGCCGUUCGAAUCCGCAUACCCCAUGCAAAUCUAUGCCAAAGUCACCAAAGGCAUUAGCAAAGUGCAAUUCCCGCCGGCCAUGAAAGGGAAUUGCAAGAACCUCAUUGAGCAGUUGCUGAAGAACGAUCCGGUAGAAAGACUACCCAUGAAGCCUGGUGGGGUGCAAAACAUCAAGCAGCACAAGUGGUUCUCGGACUUUGACUGGGAAGCGGCGGAGAACUUGGGCUUGACUGCGCCGUACAAGCCAACAGUGAAGAGCAAGCGAGACUUGCAGAACUUUGUGGCCAGAAAGGAAGAUGCGCCAAGACACCUGGAGUAUAUUGAUCCAGGAAACGGCUGGGACAAGGAUUUCGCAACAUCUUACUAGGCAGACCACGGCGUCUGCAUUUCACUGCUUUGAUAGUUGGUAAGGCGGGUAUUCCAAAGUUUCCGACCUUCCGGCCUGAGUGUAGGAAGCUGUGCCAUGCAUGGUGUCCCGUGCCAAAGGCAUUGGCUUUCGGCUGACACGCCCAGAGACUCCAGAGACCCCGCGCACGUUCCAAUUGCUUUGGCGGGCUGCGUUUCACUCCCAGAUAUGCCCCGGUUUUUUUGGCUUUCUUUGAGGCUUGUGAAAAACGUAGGCAUAGAGCUUGCCAAGCCGCUUUUCCAAGCUUCUGUCGGCCACCAGUCUGCAAGACUUGCAAUUCAUGUUUGUACUUUGACGUCAGAGAUGUCAAAGCGCGUGAAUAGACUCAGGCAGUCUGAGC